UUGGAUCAGCAGCUAGAAGAGAUUAAGAAGGAAACUGGUUUACUAACUAUUGAUGGAAAGAAAUAUAAAAUAGGCCUUGACGAUCUUCAAGUUAUGGGUCAAAUUGGCAGUGGAACUUGCGGGACUGUCUAUGCCAUGGAACAUGCAGCAACUAGAUCUGUAAUAGCAGUUAAGAAAAUUCCUCGAAUUCAAAAUGAAGAAGAGAAAAAACGAGUAUUAAUGGAUUUACAAGUAGUUAUGAAGAGUCAUGAUUGUCCAUACAUAGUUAAAUGCUUCGGCUUACUGAUUGCAGAGUCUGAUAUUUUGAUCUGCAUGGAGAAAAUGAGUACAUGUUUAUGCAAACUGCUAACUAGAACCGGUCAGCCUAUUCCUGAAGAUAUCUUAGGAAAGAUCACAGUCGCGGUUGUCAAGGCACUACACUACCUGAAACAAAAUCAUGGAGUAAUUCAUCGAGAUGUCAAGCCAUCAAAUAUUCUAUUAGAUGCUGAUGGUAAUGUUAAAUUGUGCGAUUUUGGUAUUAGUGGGCGUUUAGUUGAUUCUAAAGCUCGUACACGUGGCAAAGGAUGUGCAGCAUACAUGUCGCCUGAAAGAAUUGAUCCGUCAAAUCCUACUGGAACAUAUGAUAUUCGCGCAGACGUUUGGAGUUUAGGAAUUUCUCUGGUUGAACUGGCGACCGGAAAAUUUCCUUACGAUGAAUGUGAAGGAGAAUUUCAAGUGUUGACGAGAAUAUUGCAAGAUGAUCCACCUAAACUACCAAGCAAUGGUCAAUUUUCACAAGAAUUUUGCUCAUUUGUAGAGAAAUGUUUAAUAAAAGAUCACGAUCGCAGGCCGAAAUAUGCCGAAUUACUACAACAUAAAUUCAUCCAAAUUUACGAAACGAAAGAUGUUGAUGUUGCAUCUUGGUUUAACCAACUGAUUGAAGAGACAUCUGGAGACUGUGGUGUUAACCUAUUCGAUGUAUAA